GCCCAAACAUAACUUUACAUAAUUAGUUCGUUUGACGCCGCUACGAGUAAUUAUAAAAUGAGUAAAUAUUUUCUGUUAUUAUUGUUAACGAUUGUCGCAUAUUCUUAUGCUGACAUUCCGAAAUGUAAUCGUCAAAUAGCACCUAUAACCGGUUAUGAUAGAUCUAAGAUACGAGGAACAUGGUAUGUCAUAGAAGUAGGAAAUGAACUUAAAAGCAAAAAGAGAUGCUUAAAUGCUAAUGUCACGUUUGAAAAAAUAUUUGAAAGUGGUUUUGUAAAUGGAAAACUAGACGAGCUUGACAUCACAUUACGUCAAUUGGAAUCAAAAUCGCAAUACAUUGCAGAAUCACGCGAAUUUCCGCCAGCAAUUGUUUCUGUUGUCGAUACGGAUUAUUCAUCAUAUGGAGUUUGGUUCUUAUGUAGAAAUAAUCAUCCACAAGGAGGGGUUUUAUUCAUUACAACAAGAACUCGCCAACCAGGUGCUGAUGUGAUAGAAAAAACACACAAAUCUCUAAUAAACGCUGGAUUUAAAUCCGAUAAAUUAAACUUGUUCACUGUUGAUCAGUCUAAUUGUUGAAAUUUACAAUAAAAUUGUUGAAUGUUGUAAUAAAAUUUUAUCAACCCAAA